AUGAUGUGCGAAACGGAAUACGACAUCGUCAACACGAAUUCGGAUUUCCGGCACUGCUGCGCCCAAAUGUGCACAGCUUUGACCUGCGACAACGUUGUAUCGUGAGAAAAAAGUGUUUCACUGUAAAGGAUUUUGCCAGUUUUGCGUCACAAGUUCGUAUAUACAUGACAAAGGAAACUUGCCAUGCGAGGUUCCUAAGGGAUGAAAACAGAGCUAAAAACCCAAUGUCUUGCAUCUUAGCAAGACAACUGCGUCUGUGUUUCAUUCUAUGCAUCCCAAGUUUACAGUGAAGCAGUUUUUUCUUGCGAUACGUUGCGCCCGCGGUGUAUCACAAGCGGUUAAACGAGGCGCAGAUCCUAUCACGAGAAAAAAGUGUUACAGUUACACAUUUGUUGGAGUUUCUGCAUCACAAAUUAUUUUCUCUGUGUGGCAGGGAAAACUUGUAAUGCGAAAAUCAUAAGGGAAAACAGGAAGGAAACGAGGCUCCCAAGCAUUUCCUGCAUUAGAAAGGUUAUCUGUGUUGCCGGUCUUGCAACACAAUGUGUACCUGUAACACUUUUUUCCUGCGAUAGAUCCAGUGCACAGAUUGGGAAUGCGACCGACCAACCGACCAGGAUCGGUGCUGCGUCAAGGGCUGCCGGGAACCGUCCGCGUUCGCGAAGAUCCCCUACAACAUCCAAUGGCACAGCGUGAUCAUCUCCGAGGAACUCUACCCCCACGGGGCGGGUGUUAGUGUGUGGCAGACCGAGGCCAAUUACACGUGCAAGUUCAACUACGAGUCCCUCGUGAGUCUGAAUGGGUACCAAGCCAGUUUGAAAUGUGAGGACCCGGAUACGGAACUGCAGGUCAAAGGCUGCAACCCCAUUUGCCGGUGCACCGCGGACCAAAUGACUACUCCGGCAGACCAGGAGUUGCAAAUCGGCACGCCGUAUCAAAUGCAAAAACGUCUGGGUCUUGAAGAAUGCAAGUUUGUCAUACUUGUCUGGCAUGAGUCAUAACCAUAAGUCUGUGAUGCAGGAGCAGGAAAAGGGCCUCUUGUUUGUCACGCAGAAACGCAGUUUGCCAUGCGGAAAACGAAACACAAGAGCAGCUCAAAAAUUUGUCGUGCCGGGCUGCGUAUUGCAGUGCGCCCACCAGUCACAUUGUAGCAUCACAAAUUUCCAGACCCAGACAUACACAUAAUUUGCAAUGCAUACGCCGGUAAGGUCAGACGAACUGAUCGCCGGCCAGCUCCGGUGCCCCCGGCCGGCGGGGAUCGUUCACGAGUCGCAACGGAAACUAUGAGAGUGCAAAACUCCCCCUCCGCCUCAGUUGUAUAAGAUGAACAGCAAUACAAACACCACCACACGUGGAGCCUGUGCAUGACAAAUUCAUGCGCCUCGUGCAGUACUGUUUGGGCUUCCGGAAUCUGUCAUGCAAACAGUGCCACAGGAAAGCACUUGGACUUAGGGUUUUGCAUCACAAAUGAGAGGGAGGGGGAGUUGUGCACUGUCAUAGAAACAGUACUGCACGAGUUGCAACGACAAACACAAUACGAACUGUAGAAGUAUCGUACUAGUAUGAAUUGCAUUACAAACUAGCCCAGCAUUGCAAAUGAAUUUGUAAUGCUGAUAUACCUUUAGAAAAAGAAAACUCAUGCAUAAACGCAAUUACUACGAGGUGUGCGAUGCUUUUGCACAGGAUACACAAGCUGAAGCCGCUUGAUAGCAACGGCGAGGUCCGGUGUUGGGCGGACUGCAGUUCGUUCACGUCGGGGAACCCGCCGCAGGAUAACACAGACUCGUGUGAGGACCAAUCAACCGCGCACAACUCCGUCGGUGCGUACUACCUGACCAACCAAGCUAACCCGGACCGGUUCUGUUCGGAGCAAAAGUACCGGUGGCAAAAUUGUCUGGAUUCCUGCUGCGUCCUCGGCUGCUACCCGCCGGUGAACCAGGAAACGCCGGGGACAACCGGGUAUGGAUACACAUUCAAAUCCGGCGUCUCCUGGCUCCACGCCCUGACCUCUGCCACCCGGGGCUACCCGCAGACGGGGGCGGCCAACCCCGUUUACCACAGUUGGGACACCUAUUUUCUCUGUGAACCCACCCACCACGGAACAGCGCAGUACCGGUGCCUAGGCCCGGAGCUGGAAGUGGAAAUGAAUGGCUGCCGCGAGAAGUGCGACUCGCCUAUCAAGAGAAAAAAUCCCCCCUCCCCAUAUUGAAAAGGUAUGUUUCCGAAAAUUUGUGCUGCUGAUUUGUGACCACAAAUCAGGUCUGUCUUGCAAGAAGACAAGUGCAGAGGAAUCCGCCCAAUUGUGAGAGCGAAUUGACAUGCUGUUGGUCCUAGAGGGUAGCCGUUUGCAAUGCUGAACAACUAGACCUGAGCGCUCCCACCUAGGCUGCGGAUUUGGCCGCGGUGCCUUACUGCACGACAAGUCGGAUUUGAGUACGCAAACCAGCAUCAGAAAUUUCCACUUUGGUGGUCUUUCAGUUGUACCAGUGCGAGGGUGCCAGCUUUAGGGCGUUUUUAUAUAUAGUGGAAUUAGAACUAGUUUUUUCUUUUUGGUAGUACUCCUCUCUAUACUUUUUUUGAUCCCUCGGUGCUAGUGGGCAAAUUUGUACGAAGUUAUUUCUACUCAGAUAACAACACAGCUCUCUACGCCGCCUUCCCAGGAGCUGCUGUUGCUGUCUUUCGGUAGAAAUCACAUCGUCCAAAUAAAAAUCCUACUAGAGUUUACCGGGUAUGUGGUUUAAGUUUUUUAGAUAUAGUCUACUCGGGGACGCCCAGCCCUUAGCCAUCCAAAAUCAGAAAUUUCCACUUUGAUAUGGGGAGGGGGGAUUUUUCAUAUUGAUAUCGCCGAACGGCCGGUAUUUGUGCGCCACGGCGGGACAGGACUACUAUCAAUUGUAAAAAUGUCUGGAUCUGGAAGAAUUCAUGUUUGUCAUGCUUGUCUGGCAUGACUCUUAAAUCUGUCACGCGCGUUACCCAAGAGCUCCGUUUUUCUGUGAUGCAGAAGCGCAGUUUGUCAUGCAGAAUAGGCAACACCUAGGAGCUCAGGAACUUGUCAUGCUGAGCCAGCAUUGGUAGCCUCAUCAUGAGACGCUACCCUGCAUCACAAACAUUUUUACUUUUGAUAACUACGAGGUCAAAACCAAUGCGGCGACGACGCCCACGGCGUAUGUUUGCGAUACCAACACCUGCCACGCCAACUCCGGAUUUCUCACCUCCCCGGACUUCAAAACCUGCUGCGCGCAUAUCAAAUGCAAAAGUGUCUGGGUCUGGAAGAUUGCGAGAUUUGUCAUGCUUGUCUGGCAUGACCAAAAAGUUUGUCAUGCGUGUCCAAGAAGAGACCCUUUUGCCUGUCAUGCAAAAACGCAGUUCGUCAUGCGAACAAGGCAACACAAAGAAACGCAAAUAUUAAUAUUUCUCAUGCUUGCCUGUGGAUUGCAGAGCAUUCGCUAUUCCCAACGCAGCAUUACAAGUUUCUAGACCCAGACACUUUUGCAGUUGAUAGCGCAGCGGUGCACAGCAUUAACCUGCCCGUUCGGGUACUUGAAACGAAGCAACCACGCGUCGACUCAGUUAUGCAUUGCAAAAGUAUCGUACUCGUAUAAAUGCAUCACAAAUUUCCUCAGCAUGAGAAAUAAAAUUUACAAUGCGGAUUUACCUCAAGAAAAUGACUUGUAAUGCAUGGUUGCAAUUACUACGAGUGCGAUGCUUUUGCAGUUCAUAUCAGUGUGCCGACUACCAAUGUACCGAGGCGACCGACCUGGACACUUGCUGCGUCCGGGCGUGCACUAUCCUGAGUAAAAACGUCCCACCCCUAUAGUGGUCAAGUUGGACACUUGGCAACACAAAUCUAGGAGCUUUGGGAGCCACGCAUGACAAGUUGCAGUCCGGAGCAUCGUGCGGGUUCUUCGUAACGGCAUCCGCAUCACAAAUCCAUCUGCUCAUCCUGUUUCCAGCAUUACAAAUUUCAAGUCACGACUAGAAAUGUCCCUCAUGGGAACCCGCAUUACAAACGUUUCUGUAGAUGCAACUCUGCAUGACAAGUCUGGGGUGCUGGUGACGUUUUUGCACUUGAUAUGCACCAAACCUGCAGUAAUGCACGAGGAGAAGCAGUUUGUCGUGACUCCCGACUGGAACGCGGUUCUCACCGACGCGGCUCUCUAUCCAACCGUACCGGCGAACGUAGGAGAUGGCUGGGUGCUAUCACAGGAAAUAAAAGUGUUAACGUUUACAGUUUUCACAGAUUGCAGCCAUGCAUCACAAAUGUAGCCCAAUAUGCAUGCUAUGCAUGACAAAUUCUGACGCUUUUUGUGAUGCAUUGCUGCAUCACAAAUUCCGUUAACGUCAACACUUUUUCCUGUGACAGGUGCAGUCGACAGACUUAACUGGCAUUGUCACCGGACCGACCUUUGACGUCGCAAGGUUCGCCUGCAACAGUGAGAAUUAUCACCCCCAUUCCAUCGCGGAGUUCAAGUGCAACCCGAACGAAAAUAACGGCGAGAUCCAGUUUCGUGGUUGUCUGCCGAUCUGCGACUGCGCGUUUGGCACCGUUGAUAUCAAAUGCAAAUAUGUCUUGGUCUGGAAAAAGGUUGCAACUUGUGAUGCUGCGUUUCGAUGUCAAAAAAAUCUCUAAAUGCAUGAGCAGCAAAAUGAUUCUCAUUUCUGCUACGCGGAGAGAUUGAGGGCGUUUGUCAUGCAGAAUAGGCACCAAGAAGACCUCAGAAAAUCUGUGAUGCUAGGGCAUGCAUCGCAGACGUCAUGGCUCAUGCAAAACGUGCGUGACAAGUCUCAGAACCUUCCGGACCCAGACAUAUUUGCAAUUGAUAGUUGACCCGGACGACCAAAACUGCCCGGCCCCGCACGCACAACGGUGCAUCGCCUGCGAGCAAACAGAUUCGUCGGUGGAACUCGUGGCACAAUUCACGCCGACCGCGGACUUAAUCGCCGACAAUGAGCUGUUAUCCAUUUUUGCAAAAGUAUCGUACUAUAUAGCAUGACAGAUCUGGUUUGCUUACGCUAAUUUGGCAUGACAAAUUGCAUUUUUCGUCCUUCUGAAAAAAUUUGUGGUGCUAUUUAUUUUCACUACGUAUGAUGCUUUUGCAAUGCAUAGCUGUACGCGUUACGGGAAGUCAGCCCGCGGAUGCUUCCCACGCCGGCGGGUAGUAUGGUGACGUUUGGGGAUCGCUUCGUCGAGUUCGGCGACUGGCGGCUGGGAGAAAUCAGCAGUGCGACUGGAUCUUCGUGUUUGAUCCUGCAGCACCGGGGGGAGCAGAUUGCGACUAUUUGGACCAGCAACGGGCAUGUGUGCCGCACGGGUGGCAACGCCGGGACGGUCGCGCAGUGUUUGGCAAGUGCUGCCGUGCAAGCGUUGUGCGGUUCGGAUCUGACGGGUAGCUCCGCGGUUUUAUGGAGCCGACCCGUUGCUGAUGCUGCCGGGGGUGCUGUUCAGGGGGUGUAUUUCGGCGACCGAUUCCUGCAAUUUGGCCGGUGGCGGUUUGGCUUGUCCACGAACGGGGGCGUUGUCAACCUUUCGCACUUCGGGAUCGCGUAUCUACCCGAAAAUGGGCAAAUAACCGCGGAUAUUCGGACGGCGGAAAUUUUUCGGAGCAACAACUGGGCUAACUUUGCCAACGGCGGAACGACACCGGAUAAUCUUCCGCUCCACACGUCAUUUUUGAAGCGCACAAGCUGGAGUCCCUGGCCGAGCCGGGAUUUUUUACAAAGCUUUGCCGCCGCAAAAAUAUCCUUCGGGCCCAAAUUCAUCCAGAUCGGCACCGGGGCGUCAAAGUGGCGCUUGAUUGAUGUGGGGAAAGACAGUAACGGCAUCGGCUACGCGCUCAUGUCUGCGGACCGUACGCAGGCACCGACGACUACCGUGCAGGUUAUCGAGAGGAAAAAUCCCCCCUCCCCACAUCAAAACGAAACUUCUGAUGCUGGAUUUGUGUACACAAUCCGAGCUGUCUCGCUGAAGAGCACUGCAGGCCCAUAUCAAGCGUGAGUAGAAAGGUUUUGGGCUAGGCGCUUAGCAUGAAAAACAUCCGCGCUGUAGGCCCAACAGCAUGACAAACCGCCUGCACAAUGCGGCGGAGCCUGCGGAGUUGCCUUCUUGCAAUACAGACACGAUUUGUGGCCACAAAUGAGCAUCACAAAUAUCGAAAAAUAUACCAUUUCAGUAUGGGGAGGGGGGAUUUUUCCUUUCGAUACAGGUCUGGUCGUCGCAAGGGGCCGCGGGGAAAAACCGGUGGACCGUCGAGCAACUCGCUGGGGACAACAUUCCGAACUACAACAGCGGCGCCGUCGCGUGGGUCGUGGCGGCUCCGUUGCCAGCUGCAACAGGCGAUUUGAUGGAUGAGGUGUACACGUGGCCGACAAUCGCGCCGUUCUACGGGGAUAUCGUAGGAAAAAAGUGUUUCACUGUAAGGAUUUUGCAAGUUUUGCAUCACAAGUUUGUUCUACAUCACACAGAAAAUUUGCCAUGCGAGAUUUCUAAGGGAAAACACAGCUAAAAAUCCAGCGUCUUGCAUGUGUAGCAAGACAGACGCUUCACGGAUACAUUUUCUGCAUUACAAGUUUACAGCGAAGCAGUUUUUUCUUGCGAUAGGGGAUGGGGCGAGGUACGACAAUCAUUGGUGCUGGGCGAAGUGCUCUUUCGUCGACUGUCACUUUAAGGAACUGUCGACGAACGCCUGGUUUCAGCCGCGGCUCGACUUUGCACCGAGUCAUUUUGAUAUCACCACCGUCGACACCUACUCAGAAAUCCGGUGGUGCACCCAGAAGCGCGACACGAGGGAGCAAUGUAGCAAAUCGGGUAACUGCUGUCAGAAAGUAUGCCGGGAACCGCUGGACAAAACUGGCUAUAAAAUCGAUUGGGAAGCAGCUUUAUCAAAUGCAAAAAUGUCUGGGUCUGGAUCUGGAAGGUCACAACUUGUGAUGCUGUUUGUGGAUCCUAAAAAAAAUUGUAUUGGAUGACCAGCAAGAGGGGUCGGGAUUGUCCUACGUGGAGAGGGCAUUUCUCAUGCGGUAGAGGUAUGAUCACAAAGCCCUUUAAAAAUCUGUGGUGCUACGGCAUGCAUCACGGACAUCAUGGCUCAUGGAGAAUAUGCAUGACAAAUCUGGAAAAUUUCCAGACCCAGGUGACAUGUUUGCAUUUGAUAAGCUUUGACCAUGCGCGGACUGUACCCGCCGGCUACCGGGUCGGGGGUUCACGCAGUGGAAUUCGAGCACGCGUCGUUCAAAUGCGCGGACGGGUAUCACAGCACGCUUACACCGUCGUAUAGCGAGCAGCAAAUCGACAACUUGUCCCAGCAAGCCCGGUUGAAGUGCAGUCAGGAGGACGAGGAGGUGGAGAAGUUGUACUGUCGGCCGACGUGCUUCUGCACCAACGACAAGUCGUAUGAGAGUGCACAACUCCCCCUCCCCCUGAUUUAUAUUGCAUGAGCAGCAACAGAAGCAAUGCCACAAAUGUAGCUUUUGCAUGACAACUCCGGACAUGGAGUCUAGUCCUGUUUGGCCGUCCAACACUUGUCAUGCGCAGCUGGCUUGAAUGCAAGAGGUGGGCUCGGUAUUUUGCAUGACAAAUGAGGGGGAGGGGGAUUUGUGCACUCUCAUAAGUCGGACGCAACCCUUUUCACCCUCGAAAACAUCGGGCGCCCGAACCACGACCCGAGCGUGUGCCCCGGGCCGAAUAUGCAGUACUGCUUCGACUGUCUUCCGGAUUACCGCCUGCGGCCGGAGGUUGGGGUGGAUACCAAUCUGGAGAAACGCUGCUGGUCCAGCUGCAGUGCGGUCACGUGUACGAGUCUGCACCCGACGCCGGCGACCGGCACAGUUGGUCAAUACGGCUACAACCCCGGCGGCGCGUGGUAUUACACAAAACAACCGCUUGUGACGUACUGCGACGAGCAGUGGCACAACUUUAUCGAUUGCAAGAAGAGUUGCUGUAUCGAAUCCUGCCGGCCACCGGCGAAUAUUGACGAAAGCUACGGGUACAAAUUGAUCAACAGCAAGACCUGGCAGGACAUCCUGGUUUCCGAAAAUAGCCAACCUCCGCAACUGUCUCUGUACCCGGAUAGCACCAUGGCGUUUAAGCAGCACCCGGAUCUAAAAUGCGCGGACUCCCACCCAGGCACGGCGCAACUGCGGUGUUUGGCGCCGGGGGCGUUGGUAGAACUCACCGGUUGCCUAUCCGCCGGAAAUUUUCCGUACACGUAUGAAUUCUGUUUCUGCAUGACCACAGAACUUUUCGCCGAUUCUGUUCUGCAUGACAAAAGUUUUUUCCAGGACUGUGAAAUUUGUCAUGCAUUUUGUACAUUCAGUACCUACGGGAAGUUUGUAUUGCAUAUUGCCACGAGAAGUGCAGUUCCGACAACGCGAAACAACUCUGCGAGCACGGCCAGGCGGCGGGAAACUACGAGGUAUCGGACAACGCGCUUGCUUCUGAUGCGGUGUUAUGCAUGGCAAAAGUAUCGUACUACGUAUGAAUGGCAUGACAAGUUUCCGCAAAAUGACGAAAAAUGGACUUUGUCUUGCAGAUUCAGGUAGGCAAAACAGAGCUGUCAUGCAGGAUUGCAAGAAUUUGUACGACUGCGGUGCUUUUCCAUAUGCAUACAUUUGUGCAGGGGAAAAGUGCUCCACCGUGUUUGAUACGACGAACUCCGAUUUCCAAACCUGUUGCGCCCAGAUGUGCAGCGCGCUGAACUGCAACCCGCUGACGACGAGCUUUUUAAGGAAAGUGGAUUCCUCCCUCAUUCAGUGCGCGGGCUACGAAUGCGACUACGUCACCGACCACAUCGCCUGCUGCGCGGAUACUUGCGACAAGCCAACGGAUGCGAUUUCCUUGAAUACCUACUUCGUGUAUCAAAUGUAAAAAUGUCUGGGUCUGGAAACUUGUGAUGCUGGGUGGUGUCUCAUGAUGGGGCCACAAAUGCUGGCUCAGCAUGACAAGUUUCUGAGCUUCUAGGUGUUACCUAUUCUGCAUGACAAACUGCGUUUCUGCACCACAGAAAAGUGGAGCUCUUGGGUAACGUGCAUGACAGAUUUAAGAGUCAUGCCAGACAAGCAUGACAAACGUGCAUUCUUCCAGACCCAGACAUUUUUGCACUUGAUAUUGUCCCCGAUUGGAACAAAGCGCUCACCUGGUACGACUAUAGUACGAGCACCGGACUUUACCCGGCGGGAAAUGCGGCGGCGUGGACUGUAUCCGCGGUGGAUCCCGCGACGAACCAGAAGUACUAUAGUUGCAAUUCCCACGACUACCACGGUACCGCGAGGUUCAAGUGCAAGGCUGGCGGGCAGGUGAUUCAACACGAAGGCUGUUCCCCCGUUUGUGCUUGCACCCACGGAAGUAAAACGAAUACGGAUUGCCCCGCGCCCCACGCGCAACGGUGUGAUAGUUGCUACGAGCCGAACCAGUAUGGGGUAAGGUAUCAGCCGGCCUCCGCGCAGCCACCGUCGUCCUACCAGUGGUCGCUCACCGGGGCGCAAAAGUACGAACAGAUUCUCUGUUGGAGCAAAUGCUCCUACAUCUCGUGUCACUACCAAGACUUCUCCAACCCGGGGAGUGCGACAACCAACCCCUGGUACCAACGGCGGGUGAACUUGACGAGUCCGACGACCGGGCUGCCAAUGCCCUUCGACAAGGCGGAGCUUUUGAAUUACCCGACCGUCGAGUUUUGCAACAACGUGCGGGAAACAGAGGACGUCUGUCGGGAAGAGAUGAACUGCUGUAAAUUAGGCUGCGCAGAGCCGAAGAGCGCUGAAAGAGUUUGGUACGGGAUUGAUUGGGAGACAGCGCUGACGAAAAGGGAGCUGUAUCCGGUGCCCGGAGGUAUGAUUGAUAAUAUUCUCUUCGUUUUUACCAUUUGAAUUUGUAGAAAAAUUGCUGUCACCGUCACGUUUACUCAUCUACAAGUAGCAGGUAUCGAUCUCUGCCGCCUAGCCUAUUUGCAAUCAAAAGGUCCCUUUCUUGCGCGUUGUAGAAGUUCUAAUCCGUAUUUAUUCGCUUCAGCAGGUUAAAAUCACAGGAUCAGGCCAUUCUUCCGAUUGUCGCACUUUUUUAGAAAUGUUGUCCUCCGUAGCUGAACUAGCAGGUAGCCACGCCCAAGGUCUGGAACUGCGAAUUGCAAGAAUCACGGCGGUGGAUUGCGACGAGCACUGAGCACCCACUUGGAGUACUUCUUACCUGCUGGGUGGCCGACAUGAAAGGACCUGUAGAGUAAGUCCAAGAACAGCCUUGUGCUGCCCUCUUCGCCGAAUAAAAAGCGUUUCGUGUCGACUUCUAUCCGGACGAAGAAAUCUCCGCCGUGAUUCAGCUGCAGCUUUUUCUGUGGCUCAGCCUAUAUAGAAGUUCCAAAACGACCGUGGGCGCCGGCUACCUGCAGCUUGUCUUCUAUCUAAGUCGAGACAAAGUUCUUGUACUAGUUUUAGGUUAGAGGCACGACAACAUUUUUACUUAGAUGCUGAGAAAUCAGGUUCAGUAUUAUCAAUACAGGUCGUGAAGAGCUCGGCGGGGGCGCGGUUUUCUUUUCUGGGAUAAAGUUAAAGAUCGGCUCCUUGUUUCGAAACCGAAAUAACCGACGGCGAGGUCCCCGAGCAGGACCAAUUGAUAGCGACGGACGGCAGGGCAGCUCGAUGAUGGUUCCUCCAAGAACAUUUCUUGACCCGGCUAUACGAUCGAAAUUUCGCAACGGCAACGUGGUGAAAAGCUGUCCGAUAUGUGGCACAUCAGGGGCAGGCCUUCGUUUUCGUUUGCGGAAGGCGAAGAGAAAUAAGUAAACACAUUCCAGCUGCGUGAUGACUCGAGGAGGCCGCGCAACGACACCGUGAGACGACCACCUCGGAAUGACGAUGAGAUUCGUUUUUCUGUACGUCGAGCCAUGUCGUGCUGCAGGGCGACACGGCCCGGAACUGCCUCACCUACAACGAGUAGUUGUUUUUAGCUGCCCCGCUCGGCGGGAUGAACGAGGAGAAGAACGGCAAAAACUUGCGCCAAAAUUUCUCCGCGCGGGAGAAAAACGGGUCGUUUAUUUUAUGACACCAGCAGGAGGCAGCUAGUAGUGCUGCCUAGUGUGGCGGGCGAGGUCCUUGCGCUGGAAGAGGACGAGAAGAUUACUCACGGGCGACCGUCGACAGGAGAUCUUCAAGGAAGAAUUACAUCGCGACCGAACUGCUCCACCGCCGAGCUCUCGUCCUUCUAUAGAACUACUAAACCUGAUUUCUCUUCCUAGUAGUGCUAGCAGUUUAAUAGUGGUAGCAGUAGUUUUUUUUUUCCAUCAAGAUGAAUGUACAUGUUGAUUGUUCUUGCGCAGGUCCUUUUAGAAGUAAGUACUAUGAUUGUGAAUGCCAAAAAUGCGAUUAGCCUUAGCGCCCUUUUGCAUGAUGGUCGUGGUCGACUUCUUUGCAUGAUCAGAAGAUUCUGAAAUGCGCAGCGACGUCUACCUCCACCGGCUGAUUCUGGUGAUUAUGACCUCACAGUAGCACAGCUACAACUUGUGUAUAGAUGAAGCAAUACAACGUCGAAUACAGCACUUUCUUUUUUGCACAUGCAUGCUGGCUUCGAACAACUUCCGCGAAUUUUUCUUCUGCAGUAUCAUGAUUCUAUGCAUGCAUAGUAGACCACGGCCACGUAGUAGCAGUACUAGAUGACCUCUCCCUCUCUUUUGGAAUUACAAGAUGAUGAUGAUGAUGAUGAUGAUGAUGAUGAUGAUGAUAUAUGAUUUUUCUUUUUGCCACUAUCACGAGGAGUAUGCAUGUUUUUGCAUGAUGAGCACUAAUGUUCCCUUCCAGAUGAUGCUUUGUAUUCCUGUGCAUGGAUAAUUCUCCUGUUGACUGUUUUCUUAGUUUGGAAAUUUCUUGUUUUUGAUUCGAUGACGAUAGGCGAUGAUGGUGAAUGAUGAUGAGUAUGGUUUCCUCUUUGUGCUGUCGUGCUGGUACUAUGGGAGGUGAUAUACUACAUAUGAGAACUUUCGUAAAAAAUCCCCAGGCGCAAACGCGGACUGGCACACGGAGAGUGGCUUCGUGUGUGCGGACCACUUAUGAACUGCAAGAAUGUCUGGGUCUGGAAGAGUGGAACUUGUAAUGCUGUCUGCGGAUUGUAAGAAUGUCUGUGUUGCAUGAGCAGCAAGAGGAGUCAGCUCUUGGCACACAGAGAGGGCAUUUUUCAUGCGUAAUUAGCAUCAAGAGGGGCUCAAAAAAUCUGUGAUGCUAGCACCAGCAUCACAGACCUCACGGGUCAUGCAAAAUGUGCAUGACAAGCCCCAACUCUUCCAGACCCAGACACCUUUGCAGUUGAUACCACUACCAUUCCCAGAGCCCCGAAAUCGACCCCGUACACGAUCCAACGACCGCUGAUUACGCCACCCGCCACUUCAAAACCCCCGCGCAGGUGCUGAAUGCCGUCAAAUUAAAGUGCGAAGGUAGUGGGCAGGAAGUAACGAAAACAACCUGUAUUCCGACCUGUUUUUGCACCUUCGACCGCGACACUUCCCCCAACGCGGACCAGAAUCAGAUUAUGGGGUUGUCUGAGCACACGCCGAUUUUGACGCCCGCGGGAUCGACUUUACAGUUGGGCGAGUACUGCCCCGGUAUCCUGUGCAAAAGCAUCGUACUAGUAUGAAUCGCAUGACAAAUUUGCUGAGCAUGACGAGAAACGGAAUUUGUCAUGCUGAUUUGCCUUGGGAUGGAGAUUUGUAAUGCAUGACUGCGAUUGCUACGAGUGCGAUACUUUUUUGCAGGCCAUAUCCGGGCCCACGAAGCAAUUUUGUCACGACUGCUCGGACAUGAAUGUCGUCGGGAUGCUAUCAAAAAGAAAAAUCCCCCCUCCCCAUAUCGGAAACGAAAUUUGUGAUGCUGUAUUUGAGUACACAAAUCGACUUGUAUUGCUAGAAGGCCAAGAGACGCAGUUGUGGCCUGAAUUGCAGGCAAUUUGUCAUGCGGUUUCCCACUUCCAGUUGCCUCGUGUCAUGCUGGAGAUGCAAUACUUUCCCACGCUAGGUAGCACUACAGUCCGCAUCUUUUGCCUUCUAGCAUGACAGAGCUGAUUUGUGGCCACAAAUCUGCAUCACAAAUCUCUAGUUUGAGUAUGGGGUGGGGGGAUUUUUCAUUUUGAUAAAUGCCGGUAAAAUACAAGCUCCGCGCAGACAAUGACCCGCAGAAUCUGUACCCCAAUCACGAGUGGGGCGGUGCGUACGCGGCGGUCGGCGAGCGGCGGUGCUGGGCCAGCUGCUCCGGGUUCUCCUGCCCGGCGCAGGACAGGACACAAGACACGACCAAUGGUGCGACGACCAUAAAAGGCGGCGCCUGGUACUUUACAAAGAAAAAUCCGACUAUCACCUACUGCACGGAGCAACGCUGGGACCGCCAGAACUGCGAGGACAGCUGCUGCAUCCCCGGUUGCCGACCGCCGGACACGGUAUCGCGAGGAAAAAUCUCCGCUCCCCAUACUACUUAAAAAGGUAUUAUAGUUUUCGGAAAUUUGUGAUGCUGAUUUGUAGUCACGCCUCGUGUCUGUCUUGCAUGAAGGCAAACCCAGAAGGCCCCCCGCAUUUUUGUGCCGGCGGUUUGUGAUGCUGACGGGCCUACAGCGCGGACUUUUGUCGUGCUGCGUGCCACCUAGGCCAGAACCUCUCUCACUCAGGCUUGAUAUACUGGGUCUGCAGUCCUCUACUGCAAGACAAACCUGAUUUGUGUACAGAGGUCCCGCAUCACAAAUUUCCGCUUUGAUAUAGGGAGGGGGGAUUUUCGCUGUUGAUACACGCCGGCGCAAAUCUACGGGUACUCCCUGGCGCCCGGUGUGGCAGACUGUAUCGCAAGAAAAAUAAAGUGUUACAGUUACACAUUGUGUUGCAGGAGCCGCAAGACAGACACACAACGUUAUGUCAUGCAGGAAAUGCUUGCGAGCCUCGUUUCGAUUUCGUACGUAUUUUCCCUUAUGAUCUUUGCAUAUACAAGUUUUCUCUCUGCCAGAAAAUUUGUGAUGCAGAAACUCCAACAAAUGUGUAACUGUAACACUUUUUUCUUGUGAUAAACUGGCAGCAGAUUCUACUAUCAGAAGGCGGUCAGUUUCCCACCGUUAGUUCCUACCCCGACGACACGGCCACGAACUGGAAGGCGCACCCGCAACUGACGUGCGCCAGCGGGUUUUUCGAUCGGAGCACCAUCAGCAACCCCGGAUCCGAGGGGCCGAAAUUCCUUUGCAACGUCACUAGUGAAGUCGUCCGCUUGGAUCCGACUGGCUGCCGGGAGUAUUGCUCGUCGGAUAAUGCGUAUCGAAAGAAAAAACAGUUUCACUGUAAUUGUAAAGGAUCGAUUUUGCCAGUUUUGCAUCACAAGUUCGUUACACAUGGCAAAGAAAACUUGUCAUGCGAGGUUCCUAAUGGACAACAGAGGUAAAAAGCCUAUGUCUUGCAUGUGUAGCAAGACAAAUGCAUGAUCUUUGUUCCAUUCUGUGCAUCACAAGUUUACAGUGAAGCCGUUUUUUCUUGCGAUAAUGCGAAAACCAUGUGUGAAACCGCUCUGAUUAACGGAAUCCCGGGCUAUUUUGUAAGAACCAAAGCGCUAAACGACAACCUCUACUGCGAAGAGAACCGGUGCCAGACCAUCGCAAACAUGAAUAACUUUCAACAAGACUUCAAAACCUGUUGCGCACAAAAAUGCACGCAUCUCGAUUGCAAUCCUGCAGCGACUAACUACACGCAAAUCAUCGACCACGCGAAUACGCAGUGUCGCGACCACGCCUGCGAUUACAGUCAAGAUCGAGACACGUGCUGCGUCCACGUGUGCGUCCCACCGGUGGAUCAUAAAGCCUUCCAGACCUACACGGUGCCGGAUUGGAACGCGGCUUUGACGUGGUACGACUACACGAGCAAUACGGGUUUGUAUCCGAGAAGUGACAACGACUGGGUCCGGGCGGAUAUGUCGCCGGAUGUGAAUCUGUUCCAAUGCAUAUUACAAUGAAAAAUGCCCCCACCCCAGAGUCAAGAUGGGGACUUUGCAACACAAACCUAGAAGUUUUGGGGCUCACGCAUCACAAGCUGUAGUCUGUAGUGUAGUGCAGAUUAGCAAGGACAAACGCAUCGCAAAUCCAUCUGCCCAUUCUGGUUACAGCAUUACAAAUUCCGAAACACGACUAGAAAUGCCUCUCAUGGAGAUGCGCAUCACAAAUGUUCCAGUCAUUGCGAAUCUGCAUGACAGCUCUGGGGUGGAGACGUUUUUACAAAUGAUAAUGUAAUGCGGCGGAUUACCACGGCACUGCGGAGUUCAAAUGUACCACUUCCGCCGCGGAAGUGCAACACCGGGGCUGCGCGCCGAUCUGCGACUGCGUGCAUGGUACGGCGACCAACACGGGGUGCCCAGCGCCGCACGCGGAGCGGUGUCAAAGUUGUUCCGACAAUACGGAUCCCAAUGACAAGCAGUACGAUGUGCGGGUGAGCGACAAAAACGAGUACGGCACCACGUCCAAUCCGGCCAUGAGCGAGGCCGAUCUGGGCUUUCAGUGGGGCGACGGCACGACGUACGGGGAUGGGUUGUACUACGAGCAGCACAUCUGUUGGGCGACCUGCAGUAUCCUGUGCAAAAGUAUCGUACUCGUAUUGCAAUCAUGCAUUACAAAUCUUUUUCUCAAGGUAAAUCCGCACUACAAAUUUCAUUUCUCAUGCUGAGGAAAUUUGUAAUGCAAUUUAUACAACUAGUACGACUACGAUGCUUUUGCAAUGCAUAAGGAGCUACAUCAACUGCCACUGGUCGCAGCAGGUGGAUACGCAGGUGAGUGGUGUCAAAAAGCCCGCCUGGCACCAGCGGAAACUCCAAACCCCCCCGAACAGCAACACGAACCAGGUCUGGUGCAACGAGCGCAGGAACACGGUCUGGACAUGCAAGCAACACAACAACUGUUGCGUCAUGGGGUGCAGGGAGCCCGUGGACCAAACGGGCUAUGAUAUCGACCCCUGGGACCAGGCUUUGACCCAUCCGGAACUCCACCCUCCUCUGUCAACAAUCCCUUCGGGCACCGCCCCGGGUGCGGAGUUUCAGCACGCGUCGUUCCAGUGCGCGGUGAAUUACCACUCAAACUUAACGCCGGGCUACAGUGGUUCGGCGCACAAGUUCGCGGGUAUCAAAUGCAAAAAUGUCUGGGUCUGGAAGAAUGCAACUUCUGAUGCUGCAUUUGGAUGUCUAAAAAAUUUGUGUUGCAUGAGCAGCAAAGGGAGUAUAAUUUUUGCUACGGGAAGAGGGCAUUUGUCAUGCGGAAUAGGCAUCAAGAAGGUCUCAAAAAAUCUCUGAUGCUAGGGCAUGCAUCACAGACAUCAUGGCUCAUGCAAAACUUGCAUGACAAGUCUCAGAAUCUUCCAGACCCAGACAUUUUUACAUUUGAUAGCGGUGGCGAGCUUACAGUUUCAGGCGACGCUGCGGUGUGACGGGCCGGGGGAAGAGGUGAAGUUGAAUCACUGUCUCCCCACCUGUUGGUGCACCACGGAUCAGAUGGAGCCGGGGACAGGUGCGGUGAAGGACAACGAGGUGGUGGUCGGUACGCCGGACCACACCCCGGGCCAGUGCCCCGGGCCAACGCGGCAGCACUGUGAUAGCUGCAGCGACCCGCAGAAGUACAAGCUGCGGCAUGACACCGACUACGGCCCCAAUCCGAGCUCCAACACCAUCGCCAGCACGAUUGCGCCCUUCCACGCGAAAGAAACUCGCUGCUGGCCGGCGUGCACCUCCAUCACGUGUGCGACCAGGCCGCAAACGCCCGAGCAAGCCUGGUACCACACGUUGAAGCCGGCGGUCACGUUAUCCACUGCAAAGAUGUCUCCUGGGUCUGGAAAGUUGGAACUUGUAAUGCUGCGCUUACAUCCCGGUGAAAUCUGUGUUGCAUGACCAACAAAUAAAGUCGACGCAGCCUCUUUUGUAUUACAAAAACGGAGUUUCUCAUGCGGAAUGCAUAUGAGAAAGCGUCCUGCAAACUUGUCAUGCUUGGCUGCAUUUGGAAGUGUAGUGUGUUUUCAUCAUCCGCAGUCCAGCAUCACAAGUUUCCAGACCACCCAGACAGGUUUGCAUUCGAUACACGUACUGCACGAGACACCUUUACGACGACCAAAACUGCGAGGACAGUUGCUGCGUUGCCGCCUGCCACAAACCUGGGUAUACGGGAGACUGGCGGGACAACGACGGAGUGGGGUAUGAGGUGGACGCGACGAGUGUUUCCGGCACGUACACUAUCCUGAGAAAAAAGUGUUACAGUUACACAUUGUGUUGCAGGCCAAGCAAGACAGACAAGCUCUGUCAUGCCGGAUAUGCGUACGUAGGAGCCUCCUUUCAUAGGUGUUUUCCUGUAGGAUUUCUGCAUUGCGAGUUUUCUCUCUCAUGCAGAGAAAUUUGUGUUGCUCAGUUGAUAACAAAUGUGUAUACUGUAACACUUUUUUCGCGCGAUAUACACCCCCGGGGAUCCGGCGACCUUCCAUUGGCACCCGCUUUUGUCGGAAAUAAACACCGACGACGCCUAUCCGGGCAUGUCCACCUGGGCGAUGCAUCAGAAUUUGAAAUGCGCGGUUGGGUACCACGAAGUGGUUCAGGGGGAGAAACCGGAAUUGCGCUGCCCGGGCUCGAACCAGCAGGUGCUGUUGCGGGGGUGUGAACCAACCUGCUACUGCACGCUGACCAAAGACCCCUCGCACAAUACCGCGAACAACAACAAUGAAAUCUUAGGGGAAGUGGACCAAGACCGGUGCAAUUUGAUGGGAAUCCCGUUUCGCCAGUCGUGUAAAAUCUGUACCAAUGGGAAUUACAAGUUAAAAGACGAGGAGGGGAACAAGGAACGGUUUUGCUGGGCCCACUGCGAUAUGCAAUGCAAAAGUAUCGUGCGUAGUAUAAACUGCAUUACAAAUUAGCCCAGCAUUAGAAAUGAAAUUUGUAAUGCUGACUUCCCUUGAGAAAGUAGAUGCAUAACAUAUAGUGCAAUUAUUCCUAGAAGCGCGAUACUUUUGCACAGGAUAUGUGACGCCGACGAUUUCGUCGCCGAGAAGCCGAGUGGAACCCCAGCCGGGUUUAACACCUUCGCGAAGUGCCACUACCGAGAGCCGAAGGACGACCCGUUGGGGGUUUGGUUCCAAGAUUUGAUCACUCCGAGCCCGACGCAAAACCUGUGUGGGUUCGAUGUACAGCCGAUAUCCACGAAUGCGGACAAUAUGAACGCCGCCGUGGAAAAUGAUCAGGAAUUUUCCAUCGAAUCCUGCCAAAACACGUGCUGUAUCAAGGGCUGCCGCCGGCCGCCGGACCUCGGCCACGCAGCGGCGCCGAGGAGUGCCGUGGUCUUGUCUUACCCCUACUUCAUGCAUGUGACCGGUACCGGGAUGUCCUCGAGUGAGCCGGCUUUCGAUUGGGAGGCGGCGCUGACGUCUCUGGAACUCUACCCAAUCGACAUCAACGACGGGUCUGGAAAGGGCGGUCCGAGCAACCCCAUCGACGUGUCCACUUUGGCAAGUCCCUGGGGCCGCUGUGCGGAUGGAUUCUACGGGUCGCCGGUGUUCACGUGUCCUGCUCAUGGUCAGACGAUCGUGAACAGUGGGUGUGUGGACAACUGCUUCGAACAUUUGGACACCCACAAAGAUUUAUGCAUUGCAAAAGUAUCGUACUAGUAGAAAUCGCAUGACAAAUUCACUCAGCAUGAGAAAUGGAGUUUGUCAUGCUGUUUUGCCUUGGGAUCGAGAUUUGUAAUGCAUGACUGCGAUCACUACGAGUGCGAUACUUUUGCACAGGAUAAGACUCCUGUAGCUCGAAGGGUUAUGGCGAACCUUUGUAUGCGUCGGAGCGGAAUCCGAGUUGGAAAACCUACCCGCACUACGAUUCAGCCCCCGAACCGCACGAGCCUUUACCAGCGGAGAAUUGCUGCUAUGAACUGCAAAAGUAUCAUACUAGUAGUAAUUGCAAUACAAGUUCGCUCAGCAUGACAAGUGGAAAUUGUCAUGCUGAUUUGCCUUGGGAAGGAGAUCUGUAAUGCAUGACUGCAAUCACUACGAGUACGAUACUUUUGCACAGGAUAGCUGCUACCAGGGAGAUUUCUCCUACACAACGCGGGACAAGUGCGGCGGGGUGUUUCUGUAUGACAGUGCACAACCCCCCCUCCCCCUCAUUUGUAUUGCGUGAACGGCAAUACAAGCAUCGGCAAGAAUGCCGGUUUUGCAUGACAAAUUUGCACUGGAUUAAAGUGCUAUUUCGGCUACCAGAACUUGUCAUGCAAAAUGUGCCAAGAGGCAAAGGGCGGAUUGGGUAUUUUGCAUCACAAAUGAAGGAGAGGGGGAGUUAUGCACUGUUAUAUUCUGUAUGACGGGAAGAAGGAAACUACGAUUUACGGGGACAUCAAUUACAGUGGGGAUUUAUUCCAAGAAGCAAGUGGAUCGAUUCAAGACAUGGGGCUCGGAACCGACUUCCAAUUUGUCGGGACCGAUGUGCCCGUCGACGCCACAACGGCGCACCGGUACCCUUUUGCGGACACGGAUCCGCUGGGCGAUGGCUCCGGAACCACUAGGGCCGACGAAUAUUGCGCCGACCGGGGGUUUGGCCGGCCGUUAUCGAAUUCGACCUCUGUGCCGGCGAGUUCCGGGUUUCCCCCGUAUUUCCCUUUCGAGGAAGGUACAAAAGAAUGCUGCGAUUACCCGACCUGCGAUAUCGGUUUCUUCGGGGAGGAUGUGAUCGACGAUCUGAAGAGCUUCCAGUGUCAGCCGCGGGAUAUCGAGAUUGACCAGUACGUGGCGAAUAGAUCCGUCGUGACGGCUUAUAGUCAAUCAUUACCGGAAAACAGCGGGAAAACAGUCAUUCCCGUGCACCGGUCUGCGACAACCGCGUAUGGGGCGGUGGGCGAUGCGAAUGACAACACGAAAGUCACCCUACACCUCUUCUCCGACUUCGAACAGACAAGGGAUGAGAUCUUGAACAAAACGCAUUUGCAGCUGUUAAACUUGCAAAAAAUUCCCUCUGGCUUCAUCGGGCACGGGCAAACCGAAAUCGAAGUGCCAGACCCACACCCGGGACACGAGACCUUGAUUCAUCAGUUCGAAAACCCCGAGGGCUACAAAUUCGGCGACAAUUUGUGUUUUUCUCGGAAUUGCGACAACGUGCUGAAUGAAAAGCAGUGUUGCGAGAGACGCGGGGUCUGCCCGGAUUGGGAAAGCUAUACGCCAGACCCGUAUGGGAUUCUACACUCCGCGUAUUUUGAUGAAUAUUACCAGGUGGGGAAGACCGCGAACGAUUUUGGCUGCGAGAGAACGGCCAUCAACCCGGGGGCGGGGGCAAUCUCCCACGCGUACCAGCUGUCGAUCAGUUCGGAGUCGAUUCUGGAUUAUUGCGUGGACAGAAAGUGUAGCUACCUGGACUUGAAAACGUGCUGCAUCGAGUACAAGCACUUGCCCAUUUACGAGGAAAGAAUUCUGUAUGGACGCGUCAGGAUUGAAAUCGUCAAAGUUGAAAUAGUUCUUUGUGAUGCAUAAAAUGCAACCCGCAAAAUGCCUGUCUUGCAGAGUAGGCAAGGGAGGCAGAUUGUAAGCCUGUUGAGGGGUAGAAAAAAGAGCUGCUGAAGUAGCAUGACAAAAGGCGUCUUCCUUACCCAAACAGCAUUACAGGCUCUACCCAAAUUUGUCAUGCGCCGCUGGAAAAGAAGGCACCAACUGGGAUCCGUUUUAUGCGUCACGAAUUAUUUCAACUUUGUCGAUUUCAAUCCUGGCGCCCCCAUAUUCUUCCCUACUCCCAUUCGGCCUUCGUCAUUCGGGGCGCAGCCAGCCCGGGGGUGGACUUGGACACCGGGAACGCCUUAACCAACACCUGCAACGCGGAUUUCACACCGACGGCAAUAGACAAGCAAACCGGUCGGUUCGCGGUCAGGUGCUGUGGGGAGGAAGAUUCCGUGACAGACUCGUUUCGAACAGCGUUUAGCAAAACGUUUACCACCGAGACCGAGACCGGAGAACUAGACGAUAACGGCGAUCCGGUCGUUUCCACCACUUUAUCCUGUGCAAAAGUACUUCUAAAACUCGUACUUACAAAUUAUCGCAGUUAUGCAACAUAAGCAUGAGAACUUUCUUCAUUUGUGAUGCAGAUGCUGAGCUAAUUUGUAUUGCAAUACUAGUACGAGUGCGAUGCUUUUGCAGUGCAUACACUUCUGUCAAUGUUGAUUGUGUCACCCCGGCCAACAGCUGCACGAAAGCGGACGCAGCGGUAAGCUUCGAGGAAGCGGUGGAGAUUAUCCUGAGUAAAAACGUACCCACACCAGAGUCAGGAUGGGGAUUUUGCAACACAAACCUAGGAGUUUUGUGAGUCACGCAUGACAAGUUGCACUCUGCAGUGUAGUGCAGGUUAGCAAGUGCAGCCGCAUCACAGAUUCAUCGGCUCAUCCUGUUCACAGCAUCACAAAUUCCAAAACACGACUCGAAAUGGCUCUCAUGGUGAUGCGCAUUACAAGUCUUCCUGUCUUUGCAAAUCUGCAUUACAACUCUGGUGUGGGUACGUUUUUACUCAGGAUAGAGAUUUGCCACAAUUUGGGAAACAGAAGACUGUGCAACUUGGAAGAGAUAUGCAAAGAAAAAAGUGUUACAGUUACACAUUGUGUUGCACGACCGGCAACAUAGACAACCUUUGUCAUGCAGGAAAUGCUUUGGAGACUCGUUUCCUUCGUGUUUUCCCUUAUGAUCUUUGCAUUGCAAGUUUCCUCUGUCAUGCAAAGCAAGUUUGUGAUGCUGAAAUUACAACAAAUGUGUAACUGUAACACUUUUUUCGUGGGAUAAGAGAUCACAGCCGUACGGGACGAGGCAACUGGGGACACGCUGUGCAAAAGUGCUGGCGGCGGUUGCGACAACGGGUGCGUGUGGACCGGGUCGAAUGUAUCCUAUGUAAAAACUUCCCCUGCACCCCAGAGUUGUCAUGCAGAUUUGCAAUAACCAGGAAGACUUGUGAUGCGCAGCUACACGUAAGGCAUUUCUACGGGUGUUUUGGAAUUUUUGCUGCAGUAAACAGGACAAGCAGAUGGAUUUGUACUGCGGCUGUCCUUGCUAAGCUGCUCUAGAAUACAGAGAGGAGCUUGUCAUGCGUGGCUUUUAAAGAUUCUGCAUUUGUAUUGCAGGGCUCCCAACUUGACUAUGGGAUGGGGACGUUUUUACGCGGGAUAGAGUGCGUUAGGUGACCCAGAAGAGUCAGGCUACACCACCGACACGACGACCACGACGGUGGUCGCGCACUUUUUCUACUACUGCGACGACCGCAGCACGCCGGAUUACUACUACAGUCCGGAUUCGGCCUGGCAGGCGUGCAACGCGUUGAAGGAAAAGUGUCACGGGUUUCAGUACGACCCGCUGUUCACAGAAUACAAAAACCCGGAGUAUUUUGAAGGCGGGCCGUUGUACACACUGCUGGUGGAUUUCGAUCCACCACCCACGACGACGACGACAACUACGACCGUCGUGGAGGAGGAAAGUUCACUUGCAGCAAGUUCUCUAGCUUCCUCCUCGAGUACUUCUGGUGCUGCUGCAGCCGCUUCUUUCCUCGAUGCAGAUCUAGAGGGUGGGGAGGAGAAGAAAGAGAAAGAGAGAAGAGACCGCGGCAGCAGCACCGCGGAUCAAGCUUCUUCUGACGACGGAGGUGAUUCGGAUGAAAGUAACGAGGAGCCGAAAGUUCUGAACCAAAUUGUCUCCUGUGCGAGAAUUCCAUACAGAAGGGACGAGGCAUAUGCACUGCAAAAGUACCGUACUAGGGUGAAUCGCAUGACAAAUUUUUUCAGGAUUUUGACAAGGAAGUGCCAUUUCUCAUGCAGAUUCAGGUAACAGACUAGAUUUGUCAUGCAAUAUUGCGAUGGGAUUACGAUUAGUGCGUACUUUUGCACUCGAUAAGGCAAUCGCCGUGCCGAUUGUGAUGGAGUACGACGACUAUCAAGAGCGAAUCGCGGGCAAGAUCGCCGCCCUGAUGGUCACGCCCGAGGAAGAAGGUAACAGCGGAGAGGAAGAAGGUAAUGCAGCAGCUGCCUCCUUUCUAGAAACAGAGCUAUCCUCGUCCUCGCGCAGUUCUGCAUCUAGUACUUCGUCGAAGACUGCACUAUCCAGAGCCCGCCUCGCACAACGGCAAAAACUUCAGAGAGUCGCUCAGAGGUGGACGCUAUGAAAUGCAAAAGCAUGGCACAACUAGUAGUUGUAAUUGCAAUACAAAGUGGCGCAGCAUGACAAAUCAUGAAAUUUGUCAUGCUGAUUUAGCUUAGCAAAAAAAUUUCUUAUACGUAGCUGCAAUCAGUACAACGAGUACGGUACUUUUGCACAGGAUAGACGCAGCUGACGGACAGCGACAUCUUCCCACACACGACCACCCACUACCUCGAACGGAUUGCCGAGACCAACGACACCAUUUCCACCAUGACGACGGAAACCUUUGACGCAAGCUUGGUCGCCGAGGGGGCGAUGGUGUGGACAUGGUUGAAAGAAAACCGAUACGUGGAGGUGGUCGAUGCGGAGGUCCUGCACGCUAUUAUCCCCGGCGAAAAAGUGGUCGAGCAGAAAGCCUUACCCCCCGGAGCCUCGGAGCUGGCGGUAAGGAUUAUGCUGCAGGAGAACGAUCUUCUGGAGUUUCAGGCGAAUGGCACGGCCUUUGACGCGAUGGAAAUCGCGCUGAAUGACUACCUGGCAAAUUCCAGUGGCGUUUUACAGAACGAAGGCAGUAGUUCUUUGAUAUCAUCAUCGUCUUCUAACAGAAGCUCUUCUUUCGUGGAGAUAGGAGCGGAUGGAGGAGCUGACGAGGAGGAGGAGGACAUAGCCCACCUAGACGCUACUAUAGAAGCCGCAAUAGGUCGUGGAGAUGAUACUGAGCCAGCUGCUGUGAGUGCUGGAAUAGCGCAGAACAAGCGAGCAGGUGAUACAAUAGACCACCACGAGCAGCAGCAGAAUCACCUGCUGCGCCGGGACGAUGACCAGCGUAGUAACAAGAAUAAAGAUAUUAAAGACCCAGCGCAGCGGUCGCUACUACAGGAAGAGUUGCUUCUACAGGAUGGCAGAAUUAUUACAGGAAAUAAAAGCUCCUCGUCCUCCCUGCUAGAGCUGCUGAAGAGGAAAAAGAGAAGAAAAAAACUCCAACAAACCUCCAUCGCGGUGGUGUCCGGUGGGUUUGUCCCGGCGAAGCCCCCGCUAGAUCCCGCACAAUUAGAGAAAAAAUCCUCCUCCAAUAAUCCAGAAGACAACAUCCCGGAGGUAGAAGAAAACCUGGACGACCUUCCUCGGGGCGGAUUCGCGCUCACCAUUUGGUUCCAGUCCACAAACGAAGACGCGAAGAUCGCCAUGUCGAGAUCUUUGAAAAACUCGACGAUAAAAACGACUGUUAUGGCAUUCUCAGCUGUCAGAUCCUCAACUGUUACACGGAUUUGUCAUGCAAAAUUGCCAUCAGCCUCCACUUGAUCAAGGUGCUUCGCAUGACAAAUUUUCGAAGGGCUAAACAGCAUGAUAAUCUGUGGAAAAUCUGUAAUGCGAAAGCUGCAAUCUCGCCACUUUCACUGUUGCUGUUCUUGCAUUACAAAUCCAUGUAACGGUUGAGAGUGUAACGUUUGAGAACGCCAUAACUGUGGACGAGAAGACCGAGGUUGUUUCCCAGAAAAUCGUCCCGACAGCGAACUCGACGGCAGAAAAAAUCGACGCACUCGUACAGAUAUCCUGUGCAAAAGUAUCGUAUUCGUAUAAAUGCAAGUCUUGCAUUACAAAUCCAUAUUCUCAAGGGAAAUCCGCAUUACAAAUUUCCUUUCUCAUGCUGAGGAAAUUUGUCAUGCGAUUUAUACGAGUACGAUGCUUUUGCAGUUCAUAACAGAAAUACCUGGCGAAGCACCUGCUCGCGGAGCAAAAGAACAAAACCGACGGAACGGCUUUGUCUAGUAUGACGGAAGAGUCAAUGAUGUUGACGCUGGAAAUCCCGCGAACAGACGUCGACGAGCAGUUGGGCGUGGAACUGAACGGGACGAAUGAGACGGAGGACAGCACUGGGUCGUCAAGUGCAUUCUCUUCUUUCUUAGCCACGUCCUCUUCACGGCCGCACGCAUCUUCUUCGCUAGAAGAAGUACUGGAAGAUGUUGACGCAAGUACGAGCAGUACCGAAGCUCGUGGUGCAGCGAGAAGAAUAUCAACAAGCACACUAAAAGAUUUAGAGCCACCGAUUGGCAUCGGAACAAACACAGUAAUUAUACCCCAGAGCCAAACAAAGAAAGCGAGACUAGCGCGGCGAAAGAUACAGAUAGAGAUGCAUAGGAAUCAGGAGAGAAAAAUGAUGAACAGUCAAAAAAAUCUUCACAAGACCCCUUUCAGCCUGGCACAGCUAACGGAGAAAGAGGGACUCCGCGGCAUUUACAACUACUUCAACAAUGCCACGUGGUGUGUAUCAACCGCAAAUUUUUAGAUAUCUGGGUCUGGAAGACGAAGAGUGUGUAAGGCUUGUAAUGCUGCUUUUGCAUGUCCCAGAAGGGUAGUUGGAAUGCGAGCCGUAGCAUCACAAGUUCUACUCGGAAGGCUCCGCGAUCAUGCCUGCUACUUACUUAUCCGGCAUCUAGCAUCACAAACUCACAGAGCUCUUCCAGAACCACACCGAUAUUUGCAAUGCAUAUUGUGCAGCCUGGGACAGCUUCGAUCCGGGUUUUGGGUACGACUGGCGACUGGGCAUCCGGAGCUUUUUGUGUGUGCAGUUCUUGUAUCCUGUGCAAAAGUAUCGUACUCGUAUUGCAAUCACGCAUUACAAAUCUUUUUCCUAAGGUAAAUUCGCAUCACAAAUUUUAUUUCUCAUGCUGAGAAAAUUUGCAAUGUAUUUCUACGAGUACCUACGAUACUUUUGCAAUGCAUAUCUUGGUCUUCUUCGCGUCGGUGCUUUACGUGCUGCGGUUUAAGUGGAACCUGUCCAAGGAGAUGCGGCCGCACCCGAAACGACUGGAACACGACAGGGAAGUCUCUGCGAAGAAAAAAAUCGAGGAGAAAAAGAAGAAAAAGCUCGCGAAAAAAGCAAGGAAAAAACCGAAAAAGGAAAUGCGCGGGGAGGACGAUGAAGAUGAUUCGUCGGACAGCAGUAGUUCGUAUCCUGAUGUCUGCAAAAGUUCUUGUGUCGCGCUCGUAAGGAGAAAUUGGAAGUGCAACGCCAUGCAGUACAAAUCUUCUACUUCUGGUUCCUGGUAGGGUAACUGAUGAAUAAACCCACCGCAUUGCUGCAAAUUUUUCUAUGUGGUGUUGUGCUGAAGAGCAAUGAAGUUGUAUUGGAACAAUUUCCACUAGUAGGCACGAUAGCAAAUAACUUUUGCAAUGCAUAAUUCCAGUGAUGGUGACGACGAUAAGGACGACGACGAUUCUGGCUCCGGCUCAGACGACGACGAUAAGGACUCGGACGACGACGACGAUGACGGGGAGAUAUCCCACAGAAACAAACUGGCAGGGCAUCUUUGUAAUGCAAAAAUAAAUACACAGAGAGAUCUGUCAUGGGCGGCCUCAUAGCAUGCUGUUUAGGAUACGCAAUACAAUUUUUUUUGUCUAUUUAUUUUUGCAUUGCAAAUAUAUAUAACCUGGCAGUUUUUUUCUGUGUGAUAGGAGAAAAAGAAGAAAAAGGAUGACAAGAAGAAACCCGGUACUGCUGCCGCAGCCAAAGCAGGUGGAAAGAAAGACGACAAGAAAAAACCCGGUACUGCUGCUCCUGGGACUAAAGGAAAAAAGGGCGAGAAGAAGAAAAAGAAAGACAAAAAAGCCGACAAGAACGCGAGCCAACAGGUCGGCGGUGUUUCCGUUGCGGGCGAACCCGGAGAAGCGGGGGGUAGCAGUUCCCCCCGCAGCGGGGCGCAGCAGGGCACCAAUGCCACCAUCGGCCCGCCACCAGGCGCUCCCCCGAGUCCACGCGGCGGCGGAAGUGCAUUUGGCGGCGGCAGCGCGGCCAUGGGAGGCGGCUCCCAGAUGGGAGGUGGGUCAUCCGCGUUUGGAUCCAAAGUGGGAGGGUCAUCCGCGUUCGGAUCUAAAGUCGGCGGAUCAUCGGCGUUCGGAUCUAAAGUUGGUGGGUCAUCCGCGUUUGGCGGUGGCGGCUCCUCCGCGUUCGGCGGAGGCUCGAAGAUGGGCGGCGGUUCGUCCGCCUUCGGCGGUGGUUCUUCGGCGUUUGGAGGAGGAGGCUCGAAUAUGACAGUGCACAACUUCCCCUCCCCCUCAUUGAUUUGUCAUGCAAAACCACAAAUCCACGCAGUCGCUGCUUUGUAGCAUUGUUUGCAUGACAAACUCCGGAAGGCUACGGUUUGUAGGAAUAGUUUACGAGGGGACGCCCAGCCCUUAGCCUUCCAACAUGACAAACUCCGGAAGGCCAAACAGUACUACAUUAGGCACACAAAUUUGUCAUGCAUUGGCCCCACGUGUGCUAGCUGGUGUUUGUCUUGCUGUUCAUGCAAUACAAAUGAGGGCGAGGGGGAGCUGUGCGCUGUCAUAUCGAAGAUGGGCGGGGGAUCCUCGGCGUUCGGUGGGGGGUCCUCAGCCUUCAGCAAAGGGGGAAGCAACAAGCCGUCACCGUUCGGCGGAAAAUCAGCAUUUAGCCCGCGAGGAGGAAAUGCUGGACCUCCUGCGCCACCGAAACCAGGCGGAUCCGCCGCUCCCAGUCCGGCGGGGAGCCCCCGGGGAGCAGGUAAUCCGCCGAAAGCAGAGCCACCAAAGCCCCCGAGCGAUGAUGAGGACAUGUUAGGGGGCGUGGAUGACUGAACGUAGAGCACCAACGUUGACAUAGAACAAACCCCUGGCAGGCUGCAAAUGAGUAAGUACGGCGCAAUUCAAAAAUAUCGCUCUUCCGUAUAGGAAGAAAAGAUCAACAACAUAUCUGAUUCUGAACUACAACAGCUGGCGCCCUUUGAAAAAGCUAUACGCAUGGCAGCUGUAGCAUCUUCAUGUCAACCUUCUUGGCUAGAAGUUCGAGGAGCUACCCGUUGUGAUUUUUUUCAAUUCUAGUUUGUUUUUGAGCAAAAAGAACAAAAUGUAAACGAAAAGCAUUUUGUUUUCGACAGCAGGGAGAUUUACUUCAAUGUGGUUGUGGUCGCGAUCCAUUAAAUAGUGGUGGUCGCAAGUAGGUUUUUUUACAAGUAGAGCAAUAUAGUACGCAUUUCUUAUUCAUCUUCUUACCGUGCAGCAGAACGAAAGAAAAAGAUGUAACUUUAUACGAAUUUCAGUUUGAAUUAUUGUUGUAUUCCAGCACCACCUGCUGGUGUCUUAUGUACGUCGUCUUGGUCCGUCGUCGAUGUUCUUGUCACAGUUUGAUUUCUUGUGCUAAGGUAGUUAUAAACGAUGUAAAUGUAUAGUCCGAGCAGAGUUCCAAAUUGAUAAUUGUGUUGAGGUCGUUCGAGAUGUCAGAAAAAAUGCACCUGAUGAAAAUCAUGUUCUGCUUUUGCGCUCUUUGGAUUUCUAUGAAUUCGUUUUUAAUUCGAAACAACGCAAAGACAAAUGAAUGAAAGAAU